CAGAAGCGUCACGGAGGGUUUUCGUUUCUUCUGCCCCUCUCUCUCUCUCUCUCUCUCUCUCUCACGCACUUGCCGUGGAUCCCGUCUCCGUUUCCUCCCGCUGAUGGCGGAGAAGAAGGGCUUCGAAGGGUUCGAACCCAUAUUCCUGGAAACUAAGGCGGACUGGGAGCAGGAGAACGCCGGCGCCGAUCGCCGCCCUUUCCUCAUCUACGUCUAUGCCCUCGACUCCUCCCGUCUCGAUAUCAUCGCCACGGACUACCACUUUCACACCUGGGAGCGCGUUGUCACCGUCCCCGAGCUCGAAGACCUCAGAGAUGACAUUGGAAUUGGGGGCACGUGGUCUGACUUUGUUGAGUAUCUCAUAUCAUCUCUGUCUGUGGGGGAUGUAAAGCUUAUUAUGAGUGGUCAGCUUACCAGUGACUCUGGUGCUGCUCAUGCAAAAUUGAUAGCUCUCAAGUCGAAAGGACUACCUCGCAUCUCAUUUUCUCUCAAUAGAGUCAUCAACUCAUCAGCUAAUGAUGUGAUGGCAGAUCUUGCUCUAUCACUUUUUAAAGCCUGCAAGAAGAAGCAAAAUGAAGUCGUAAAAGAACGAGAUCACUCAACACGGUUAAUGGGAAUCCUAUCAUCGGAAAGGGAGAGGAAUGAUAGCCUGCAGAAGCAGCUUGAUGCUCUUUCAUUUCUUAGUAAAAGGAAGGCACCUAAGUCAAAGACAUCAGACAAACCAUCCAUUGCUUCUGAUACCCUCAACAACUAUGAUACGAUGUUAGCUUCUGAGAUGCAAGAAUCUUCAGAGAUGCCAUCCGUAAAGGAUUCUCAGUCUGUGAAGAUAAGUCGACGAGCUGCCCCUGUGUCUCGCAGUUUGUACAGAGCAAAAGUAAGAGGUGUUUCCUUGCAAGAUACUGGGGAUAUCGAUGACCACUAAUGCAUAACAGUUCCAAGAAGACAUUAUCAUCAUAGAUUGGUCCCAACUUAUGAAUCUAAGAAUUUUCAUCUGCAAAAAGCUUACCUUCCUCGACCGUCGGUGCGAUUGUUUUGGCUCAAAUAGCUCAACUCAUUCUCCUUCCACCACUUGCCAUCAGUAUUCUUCUCCAGCAUGCCCUUCUCGCCAUCUGUCAGCAUAGGCUUCGGCAAAGAGGAACGAGAGGUUACAGAGCUCUUCCUCCUUCCACCCAAAGAUACUGGGAAGAACAUUUUUAGAAGGAAAGCUCCAUUGUACAUGCUCUUGCUCUUUGGAACCCUCCUCAUCCCCUUCUUUGCCUUCUUUUGCUCCUCCGCACUCAGAAUCUUGUCUUCUCUCUUUUUCUCUGGAGUGUCCUGUAUGAAAUUCGCAAUCUUGGGCAACUCCACAAGAUCUCGUAGGGAAAGCUCAUUGAUGGUUUCUGGCAUGUCAUCAACCAUUUUGAUCAUCUCUUGUCGGUGUUGGCUGAUGGCCUGUGCUCUUGAGUUGGAACAAAGAUGCUUCUGAGAUGUAGGUGAGCCUGCAUUCACCCCAGAUGGUGGUGAUGUAACAGUUGAAUCACCAUCAUUGGCAAGCCAGCCGAAUCCAUGACUGCUUGGACUGCCAUAAUGGCCAUAAUUCCUAUAGACUCCAAGGUUCCAUGGUCCACCUCUGAUUGUUUCAGUCCAUGCAUCGAACUCGAUAUCAUUUGAACACUCGUUCAUGAUGCAAGUAGGAGUGGGGAAGCUGAAGCAAACAGCCAAAUCUUGCUGGACAGAAAGCAUAGUGAAGAGGCAGCAGGUUGGAUGGAUCGAGGGGGAGAAUUGUGUUAAUGGAGCAGAGCCGAAGAAGCCGCCUGAGCUAUUGCAGCAUAUCACCAACAGCAAAUCCUUUUAUAGACAAAGGCCUAUGUCCUUAUGCUGCCUAAAACUUUUUGAUCUGUUUGCUGCAUGGUUGAUAGGGUGCUAUUAUAAAAUCCAACGAGGUCAAGAAAAGGAUUUGUGGACGAGCACAUACGCAAGGGGCAUCUCCUCCUUUCCUAGCUGUUUCUCUUGUCUUCCUAAGGACAAGCACUAGUUCCUACUAUUUGUUUGUUUGUUUUUUAUAUAGUGUAUGAUUGUUUGGAAUCAGAUUAGGUUUGCAUGGGUAACACUCAUGUCAUCUUAUCUAAUGCAUGGUUGUGAUCA